AUGGGUGAGAAGGCAGUUUGGAAUGAGGCAAAUGUCAAACAUUUUGUUGAUAUUUGCAAGGAGGAGGUACUUGCUGGAAAUAGACCUACUACCUAUUUGAACAACAAAGGUUGGAAGAACCUUGAGGAUAAAUUUGCUGCAAAAACGGGAAAGAAACUAACCAAGACACAAUUUAAGAACAAAUGGGACAACAUGAAACAGUCCUAUACAUGGUUUAUGGAGCUGAAAAAUGCCGCUACUGGUCUGGGAUGGAUUGAUGCAACGAAUACUGUUGAUGCAUCAAAGGAAUGGUGGGAUGAGCAUCUUUGGAAAUGCAACAAUCCAGAAAAAGGAAUCAAGUGCAACCAUGUGAGGUUCAGGAAACGUGGUCCCAGUCAGCUGCAUGAUUUGGACAUCUUGUUUUCUAAUGCACAUGUCACUAGGGUUACUGUAGCAUGUCCUGGGGAUUUAUCUUCUGAUGAUUCCGAAGAUGAUUAUAUUAUGGAGGUAGAGAAAGAUGAUGACAUCGAUUCACCGAAGUUGCCUUCAGUGAAGAAAGGAAAAGAAACCAAGAAGCGCAAAAUUGAGCAAGAUAAGGAAGAGAAGAGCCCUUUCCUUCGUUUGUACAAGACCACUUGUGCACAAAUAGGAGAUGCAUCAAAGAAGAUAUCUGAUAGUGUUUCAUCAUCAUCAGGUCCUUCUUCAGUCAACCAAAUUCCUACCAUUGCCGAGGUUAUGAAGUUGGUAAAAGAAUGUGGAGUGAAAGAGAAGACUGCUUUGAUGCAUACGGCUACCUUUCUGAUAGUGAAGCCAGAAUUUAGGGAGAUCUUUACCUUGCUGGAAACAAAAGAAGGAAGAUUGGAUUUGCUGGAGAGGGAGCAUGAGAAGCAGUCGAGGCACAUGUAG